AGAGGAGAGCACAACAGAGCAGAGCAGUCGAGCUCCCGGACGGUCGGUGGAGGAAGAUGGCGGUGGGGAUGCUGUAUGGAAGCGGAGUCGAGCUCUGGAUUUCGAUCUAAAAAUCAAACCGAAUGGAUAUAAAGGACAAGCAUGGACGCUUUCCUGACGUUUCUUUUUGACGCGCGAACGCUUUAGGGGCGAUUUGAGUCGCAAUCUGUCGCCUUUUGCCACGGUACAGAUUCGGACUUGUUGUCUGGAGACUUUCCCCCGCUGAGAAAAAAGCGAAAAGUAGGCAAAAAUGUCGGAUACUAAAGUAAAAGUUGCCGUAAGAGUUCGGCCCAUGAACCGGAGAGAAAUUGAGCUGAACACAAAAUGCGUGGUGGACAUGGAGGACAACCAGACGGUUCUGUACGCGCCACCCUCCAAUGCAAAAGGAGACAACAGCAGGAAACAAUCGAAGGUGUUCGCCUUUGACCACUGUUUCUGGUCCAUGGAUGAGUCCAACGUUCCCAAAUAUGCCGGUCAAGAGGUGGUGUUCAAGUGCCUUGGAGAGGGAAUACUUGAAAAUGCAUUCCAGGGAUAUAAUGCCUGCAUAUUUGCCUAUGGACAAACAGGUUCUGGCAAAUCAUUUUCCAUGAUGGGAAACGGGGAGCAGCCGGGUUUGAUCCCUCGACUGUGCUGCACGCUGUUCGAGAGGGUCCACCAAGAGUCCAACGGGGGCCACACUUUUAAAGUGGAAGUGUCUUACAUGGAAAUCUACAAUGAGAAGGUCCGCGACCUCCUCGAUCCCAAAGGGAGCCGACAGUCCCUGAAGGUUCGUGAGCACAAAGUCUUGGGUCCAUACGUGGAUGGUUUGUCUCAGCUGGCCGUGACCAACUUUGAGGACAUUGCAGUGCUCAUGUCGGAAGGGAACAAAUCUCGCACGGUGGCAGCCACCAACAUGAAUGAGGAAAGCAGCCGAUCUCACGCCGUCUUCAGUAUUAUCGUCACACAAACAUUAUACGAUCUACAAUCCGGGAAUUCCGGGGAGAAGGUGAGCAAGAUGAGUCUAGUUGACCUGGCAGGAAGUGAACGGGUGUCCAAGACGGGAGCUGCUGGCGAGCGACUAAAAGAAGGAAGCAACAUCAACAAGUCCUUGACCACGUUAGGUUGUGUGAUUUCUGCGCUGGCUGAUCAGUCUCCAGGAAAAGGCAAGGCCAAAUUUGUGCCUUAUAGAGACUCAGUCCUCACCUGGCUGCUCAAGGAUAACCUGGGUGGGAACAGCAAGACGGCAAUGAUCGCCACAGUGAGUCCCGCGGCAGACAACUACGAAGAAACUCUUUCCACUCUGCGUUACGCCGAUCGAGCCAAGAGGAUCGUCAACCACGCCGUCGUGAACGAAGACCCCAACGCUCGCAUCAUCCGAGAGCUCCGAGAGGAGGUGGAGAAGCUCAAAGUGCAGCUGUCUCAGGCUGAGUCCUUGAAGGCUCCUGAACUGAAGGAGAAACUGCACGAAUCUGAGAAACUCAUCAUGGAGAUGACCGUCACUUGGGAGGAGAAACUGAGGAAGACCGAGGAGAUUGCCACAGAGCGCCAAAAGCAACUGGAGAGCAUGGGCAUCUCUCUGGAAACAUCCGGAAUUAAAGUGGGCGAAGACAAAUGUUUCCUGGUCAACCUGAACGCCGAUCCUGCCUUAAAUGAGCUGCUCGUUUACUAUCUGAAGGAGCGCACACAUGUCGGCGCUGACACUUCUCAGGACAUCCAGCUGUUUGGGAUCGGGAUCCAGCCGCUGCAUUGUGUACUGGAACUGUGCCCGGAUGGUGAUGUCACCUUGAUGCCCAUAGGGAACGCCCGUACCUGUGUGAAUGGAACAAUGAUCGAUUCUUUGGUUCAUCUUUGGCACGGAGAUCGGAUCUUAUGGGGCAACAACCAUUUUUUUAGGAUCAAUUUGCCAAAACGAAAACGGCGGGACCGUUUGAAGGAGCUGGAAAGGGCCUCUCCCAGGGACAGCUUUGUGGAGGUGGAUGUGGAGACCGCCAGUGAAGCAUCUUCUGAGCAGGACUACAGCUAUGAGUUUGCCCAAAUGGAAGUCAUAAUGAAGACUCUGGGAAACAAUGACCCCAUGCAGAAUGUGGUCCAGGUUUUGGAGAAGCAGUACCUGGAAGAAAAGCGCACGGCUCUGGAAGAACAAAGGUUGAUGUACGAGCGGGAGCUGGAAUCUCUUCGGCAACAACUUUCUCCCGAGAAAACGCAACAGCACCACCGCAGCAACAGUGAGCGCCUCACGUUCCAGACGCACACACCGCACGGAAAGCUGCAACUGUGGACGGAGGAACGGGAUGAACUUUUCAGACAGAGUCUUUCUCGGCUCAGGGAACAAGUUCUGAAAGCUAACACCCUGGUGCGAGAGGCCAACUUUUUGGCAGAGGAGAUGAGCAAACUGACCGACUAUCAAGUCACUCUUCAGAUUCCCGCAGCCAACCUUAGCGCGAACCGCAAGCGUGGAGCCAUAGUGAGUGAGCCGGCCAUCCAGGUACGCAGGAAGGGGAGGGCAACUCAGGUGUGGACCAUUGAGAAGCUGGAAAACAAGCUGGUGGACAUGAGGGAUCACUAUAGAGACUGGAGAGAAGGCUCAGAGGAAGUGUGCAGCAAGGCAAAUGGUAAACACUCUGACCCAUUUUACGACGCUCAAGAAAACCACAACCUAAUAGGAGUGGCGAACAUUUUUCUGGAGUGCCUUUUCCAUGACGUCAAACUGCAAUAUGCUGUUCCCAUCAUCAGCCAGCAGGGGGAGUUAGCAGGCAGACUGCACGUGGAGCUGAUGCGGGUCAGCGGCGCCGUGCCCGAGCGCCUUUGCGGUGGGGACGACUCCUCUGAGAACUCCAGUGAGAGUGGCUGCUAUGAGGUCUUGGACACCAAUGGAGAAAUUGUCCACAUGGCCAAGAGGCUCAUUAUCAGGGUUCGCAUCAGGGAGGCGACGGGGCUGCCGCUCAACCUGUCCAACUUUGUUUUCUGUCAGUACACCUUUUGGGAACAUGGCGAACCCACAGUGGCCCCCCCAAUGGUGAGCCCUGACAGACCUUCCCCUCGGAGCCCAGAUGCACAGUUCACUGUCCAGUUUGACCACUGCAAGGACUAUGUUGUACAUGUGACAGAUGACUUUCUGGAGUUCAUAUCAGAUGGAGCGUUGGCAAUAGAGGUAUGGGGCCAUUGCUGUGCUGGGAACGGACGUUCUCCAUGGGAGUUAGACGCUCUGGAAUCCAAGACUCAGACGCUCCGAGACAGGUGGAGCGAGGUGUCUCGUAGGAUCGAGCUGUGGGUCUCCAUCCAGGAGCUCAAUGAACAGGGAGAGUACGCCGCUGUGGAGCUGCAGCCUGGAAAAGACAUCAGCACGGGAGGAGUCUUCCAACUGCGCCAGGGCCACUCGAGGAGGCUUCAUGUCAGCGUGAAGCCGGUCCAAAAGUCAGGCACCCUACCUCUGCUGGUGGAGGCCAUGCUGUCCGUCUCCAUCGGCUGCGUGACUCUACGCUCCUCCAAAUUGCAGCGACCCCUCGACACCUACCAGAGAGAGGUGCAAGACGAUACGGAUAGUUAUCAGGAGGAAGAUCUCAGCUGCGUAAGAGAGCGAUGGUCUGAGGCCUUAAUCAAACGACGGGAGUACCUCGAUGAACAAAUCAAAAAGAUCAUUAACAAGCAUGAAAAGUCCGAGGAAGACAUUGAGCGGGAAGCCCGUCUGGUGGAGCAAUGGGUCGGCCUGACCGAGGAGAGAAACGCCGUGCUCGUACCUGCGCCCGGAAGCGGAAUCCCCGGAGCUCCCGCCGACUGGACUCCGCCUCCCGGAAUGGAAGCUCAUAUCCCAGUCCUCUUCCUUGAUUUGAAUGCUGAUAAUCUGACAGUGAAUGAGCAGCUGACGGGUCCUCAUGCUGCGGGUGUUAACUCUAUCCUACCCAAGGAGCACGGAAGCCAGUUUUUCUAUCUCCCCAUCAUCAAGCACAGCGAGGAAGAGGUGUCAGCCGUGUGUUCCUGGGACUCAUCCAUCCACGAUUCCGUGCAUCUCAAUCGGGUCACAUCUCCUCACGAGCGUAUCUACCUGAUCUUGAAAACCACAGUGCAACUUAGCCACCCUGCCUCAAUGGAGCUGGUGCUCCGCAAAAGGAUCGCCGUCAACAUCUACAACAAGCAGAGUUUCACGCAGAGUCUCAAAAGGAGAAUGUCGCUUAAGAAUAUGCUUCACUCCUGCGGCGUGAUCUACGAGAUUGUUUCCAACAUACCGAAGGCCUCAGAGGAGCCAGAGGAGAGAGAAACAUUGGCCCUCAUGGCUGCUCGUGCAGACAUCGAGGAGACUCCGGAUGGAGAAACCUACAUUGAGAAAUACACUCGGGGAGUUUUGCAAGUGGAGAAUAUCCUCAGCUUGGAGAGGCUGCGGCAGGCUGUGACAGUUAAGGAAGCACUCUCUACUAAGGGAAGACAUCUCAGAAGAAGCCUCAGCACACCAAAUGUCCCGCAUUCUUCCUGCAGUAAAACAGACCUGACUGGCUGUGAGGAUGAAGACCGCAAAGUAUGUGAGGAGAACUGUGAUCAUGGUGACAGCUGCAAUCCUCAGAACGGCUCUCUCUGCAGUACACCGAUCAAACGCAAAGAAGGGUCAGGGUCAUUUCCAGAGAGUCCUACAUUUUUCAACUCCAGUCCUUUCAAGCUUCUAUCCCCUCAGCCGUCCAAGUUCCUCAAGUCUUUGCUGCCUGUCAAGGAGGAGAAUAAGGUGAAGAAAGUCCUGGAGGCCCGCCCACUGCUGGGAAAAGAGAGCAUGCGCUCAUGUGUGGACAACCCUGCACUGCUCCCCCCUCCCUGCCCCUGGCGCAGACCCAGGGCAGGCAGCGAGGGCCACUGCAAGCUUCCCACCCCCACCUGCAGACCGCUCAGCCGCACAUUGCCACACGGUGCUGCUGAAUCCGACGAGGAGGACGCUGCAGUGGACGUCCGAGACGGCGGCGGCGGCUUCCAGGCGUACAUCCCCGAGGACUUUGCAAACUUUGACAUCUACAACGCCACCCUGGAGAGCCGCGGCGACUCGAAGGAGCGGAAGGUGUCUCGUAGCCCCACCGCCAGUAGCUGCACCAGCGGUUACUUUUCCCACAGCGCCUCGAACGCCACGCUGUCCGACCUGCCGUUCAGUUCCAGCGAGAGCUCCGAUCAACUCAGCUGCAGAGAUUCCCAAGACGCUCUCGGAUGUCCUGCCGGAAGGGGCUACACGCAAAUUAAAGUUCCCGCUGGAAGUGAAGACCAGCAGGUGUUCAACUCACCAACUUCCUUACCUAUCAGUGUUCCUCGUGGCAAGCCGAGAACUUUUCCUCCGCCUCAAAAUUGCAAUCUCAGUUGCAGUCAGGAGUUCACAGACUUUAAAGGGGCGGAUGAUACCAUUGCCGAAGAGGGCUUGCAUCAUUUUACAGACGGAUGGGAGCAAGACGCUGUUGACGUGACCACAACACUGAAGACGACGAACAAGACAGAAACGUGUGACUCUGUUGCUAUUAUGAAGAACAAUUCCGACAACGCCUCAGCCGCUUUACACAAAUAUCCAAUUUCGACCAACACUGUUAUUUGCACCAUCUCUUCAACGUCACCGUCCGCUGUUACGUCCUUGUCCAAAGCCCCGCCUCUCAGAGGAGGAGACCCUCCCAUCCGCGAGCCGGCCCAGGGAGAUGUGCCCCACGGGAGCCCCUGUCCCAGCCCCAACCAGAGCAGCACGGAGCCCUCAGGCGACUCUAGCGGGGAUGAGUGCACCCCCGUCGCCCAGCUCCCCGACUGGAUGGCGCCAGGGGAGAUGGUGUGGGUGGGUAAACGGCGAGGAAUGGUCCACUAUGUCGGAGGGGUGGAGUUCGCCAAGGGCAUCUGGGUUGGUGUCAAACUGGACCUGGCAGUGGGGAAGCACAAUGGUACUGUCCAGGGGAGAGUGUACUUCCGAUGUCCCGCAGGCCACGGCGUGUUUGUGAAGCCAUCUCGUCUGACUCGAGAUCCACCCUCCAUGGACACGGAACCAACCACUCUCCUCAGAUAAGACAAAGACACAGUCUAGGCCACAGCUUUGGCCAAAAUUCUGAUUUGGUUAUUUGUAGGCUUUUACUAUCUAAUGAAGCUAAUCACUGAAUAUGCACAUGCUCAUUAUGCACAUUUUUCCAUAAGGGUAUAUUUUUAAGGGGAAAUGCUUAACUGGGAGUCCAUAUGGAAAUAUUAGCCACUUGGUUUUUCUUAAGAAAGCAUAUUUUUGUAUGGCGUUAUGAUCACAACCCCUGAGGCUCAUAUGAUGAUUAAUCUGGGAUAUGAACAUUACGAAUGUACUACUGUCAAUAAGAUGUCAGGGGCAACCAAAGAGUUUCAUAUCUGCUGUUAGUAGUUGAGUUGCAAAAGUGGUGGAAACUUUAUAAGGGAAAUUCAACCUUUUUUUUGGGGGGGGGGGGGGGAGAAUUAUUGUCAGUUAACUGGGAAUUUGGGCGAAUUAAUCCAAAGCAUAAAAAUGACUGUCCUAACCAGACAUGGGGGCAAAUUGAUAUUCAUUUACAGGGUAAAAUAAAAUUGUGUGGGUUAUUUUUUUAUCCAAAAUGUAUUUUCCAUAUUCCUCUCUAUAAAUUCCAGUUAUUUCCCCUGUAAAGUUCCCAUCUUUAAAAAAAAAAUAGCCCAAAUUUUGCAUACCAAGUUUUGUCAUUUUUCAUAUGUGGAAGAACACAAAGUUUAGUGCCAUGUCUCUAUCCGGAAUAAUUUCCACAUAUCCUCAAGAUCAACAAGAAAACCUGCAUUGCCUUCACUUUGUGACUCUUGAAUUAUCCUGUUGAAGUACUGUAACACUGUGGAUUGAACAAUCCCUAUCCAGCAUGAGAAUCGUGCUGUUUGAACGCUUGCACUGGAAAGGAAUUUUCGGAAACGAACUGACUGAGCGGGUUCUCACUCACUCGCUUUCAACCGAGAGGAGGCAAAAGCCGUAUGAUGUCAUCUCUGAAGAUUUUAUAGACUCUAUUCAGCACUUGGAUGAGGAUUUUAUAGGCUUUGUCCAGAACUUGGAUACAAUGAUGCCUUAUGUCUUUGCUUCCAUAAAGGUGGACACAUAACCUUAAAAAAAAAA